AAGAAUUCUUGAAGGAAAUUUCAAAAAAAUUUGAGAUAUCGUAUGAGAAAAGUUCAAUUUCCAAAAUGGCUUCCAUCAGGAGAGCUCUGUUCUCUUCGAGUUCCGACAACACGGAUAUUCGUUGCUCGACUCCUUCCGAAACCGUAGAGAUAUCAUGUAAAGCUUCUAUCCGUCACGAGUGUGAGCCAACGUCAGAUUACGUGGACGAAGUUGUCGAAGAAAAGGUUGUAAACUUAGUUCGGAAAUGUAACUUUCAAUUUCAAAGCUGUAACUUUCGUAAACUAAUCGAUACUCGUCACAAAGUUGUUCUCGUCUUACCAUUCGCUCCGACUGUUUAGGGCAAUGUCACGAAGAAAGUUCUCGUGGUUGGUAAAAGCGUGGUUAGUGAUAUAUGCAAACAGCUCGCUGGUAUGCCAUUAUUGCAAGACAUUCCUGUGGUUGUCUCGUCUGUUGACAAUCUUCCGAGCGUUUGCAGCAGAGAAAAGCUGGCCUUGGUAUUUGUGGACAAGUGUUUGGGGGAGAAUUGCAUCUCGCAAAUCUGCAGGACUGUAAGAUUCAGCUCUUCCUCACAAAAUAAGACAGUGGCAAUAGUUGGUGUGAAAGCUGAUCAAGAUUCAGAGCUUUGUUCCGUUUCCUCUGGUCUCACUGAAGCCAUCACAUUUCCACUUCAAGAAGACACCGUCAAUCAAUUACUUUUGAAAUAUGCAGGAAUCAUUCCUUUCAGAGGGCUGCCACUCACACCUGAAAGUCCAGAUGACGAUGUUGCAGUGGCCAGAAAAGCAGAAGAAAUUAUUCGGGAAUCGGAGGAACAGUCCUUACUUGGUUAUCAUAAGGAUAGCUUUUCACAUAAAGACAGUGAUAAAAUGGAAUCAACAUUUUCCAGCGCAGAAGCUCUUGCAAAUCAUGUAACUUUGGGCUCAAGACACAGCACUGGAUUUUAUACAGAUUCAAACACUAGUGGUAUGCCAGGAAGGUCUAACUCUAUGUCUACAAUUCCAGGAAACACCAACACACGACAGCCAUCACCGUUUAUAAACCAAGAACUAAGAAGGCAGUCAUUGGGAAGUAACAGUUGUAUAGUAAGAGAAAUAAGUGACUUACAAGACACAAUUUACAACAGACACCAUACUUCCUGGACAAUUACAAAUGACCAGAUCUCGGAGAACAUUUCACCAAAUAUUUUGCCCAUUCCAACAAGUUAUACUGACCAGUUCAGUAACUGUAAUGGAAAUCAAUUAUUUCAUGGACAGUGUGUCAAUCCUAUAUCUUGUGCGCUCAGCCACCAGCCUGCUACCAUGUCAAACCAGUUAAAGAUACCACAUAACUUUCCAUACCCUUCACAAACUGUUCAGGACACCAGAACACCACAAACGACUAGUUCAAGUAAUUUAAUACCUCAUGAAAACCACAGCAACACAAUACCAGCAACGCCCAGCGAAAACCGAGAAAAAGGACCAGUUACCGAAAGCAUGGAAAGUGUUUYUGAAACAGAGUCUGCGUUGUCUGAUAGAUUAAAAUCUGGCCGUGAGUCUGCAUACAUGGUCAGCGGGACACCAGGUUCUAAAGAUAUGUUGAUUACCAUGCUACCCGAUGACUUGUCCAAACACAGCUCUAAAGAAAGGAUCCGGAGAGAAAGAAUAAAGGAAAGCUGUGAUCGGUUGAGAUACUUGCUCCCAAACAUUUCAGGAAAGAAGACAGACAUGGCCUCGAUCCUGGAAAUGACUGUGAAAUUUGUUAAACUCAUUAAUGAUCGAAUACCGCCUGCUGUCAUGGAAGAGAUAGCAGAUGCCCUUUCUGCAGCUACUGUUGGUAUGACCAGAAAACGAGCUCAGAAAGAUGUGAACAUUUCAAAACAAAAAGCAAUGAGAAUAAUUCCACCUGUACCUGUUUCUGUACCAUCUGCACCAUUGACGUCAGGUGAAGUCAACCACAUUAUUUACACAGCUUUCUCAAACAAUACUGCUCCUGUGUACCACCCCCGUGGGCAGCACUGCACCAAUAACCCUCAUCAGUACAACCAAUACAUCCAAGGAAUUGGCUGCGCUUCACCGUACAGUCCUUUAAGCAAAGAUAUACAUCAUGGAUACUUACAUUAUCCUCACAGUAUUAAUCAACCACUGAAUAAAGAAAUACCAACUUUACAUGCUCAUAAGGACCCGCAGCUAUACCAUAAUAAUUACUCAGCCAUCCAUUCAACUGAUGUUGGCGUCUGUCCACACAGACAGCUGUAUGGAGCUCCUCUGUCAAUCAUAACUACAGCUCACAAUGAUGUGCAUCAGCAGUCUAGCUUUAUGAAGUUGCCACCAGUAAAUGUCAUCUCACCUUGCAGUAGCAUAUGCAGUAGUAAAGAGCAAGAUACUGGUAGCUCUACUAACACGUCCUUUGACUCUCCAUUGUGGGAUGAUGGCAAGGGCUCCAACUAAAUUUAUCAAUCAUGACAGUUUAUAAUUGACUUGAAUUUCAGUUCAAGGUAUUUUUCAAAGGAUGUUAUCCAAUUAAAUGGAAAUGAAAGUUAAAAAAAGAAAUGACAUUUGAACAAAAAGGAGAAAAGAUGUAUUGAAAAGAUGUUAAAAAUAUAUUUAUUGUAAUGUUAUACAGUUGUAAGAAUUGGUUUUCAUAAAUCUUUGAAGUAAUCUUGACUAUGAAAAGGAAUUUCUGUACUCUACAAACAAAAGUCUAUUAGACUAGAAGUGAGUUUUCAGUUUUCAGUAGAUUUACUAGUGUUUUUCACUAUAUUUAAUGUUUCUAUCAGAAUUUAUUUCUUUUUACGUCAACAUUUUAUGAAAACCAUAAC